GCUAAUCCGCUUCUGCGACGAAGACUGCGGGCGACUCUUUUAAUUGCGCUCUGGCUGGCUCUCUUGCCAUUUAGGGCACUUCUGAGGGCCGUCGGGUUAUGUAAGAUAAAAUAUAAUCAUGACAAAUACAUUACGUAACACAAUCGAGCCGCAGACAGCCAAACUCAACCUCAAAGUCCCAAUCCAAAAUAUUCUCGACAAAUUCAUCGACUGCCUCUACGCAGACCUCUACCACAGCCACACCAGCACUCUUGUCUCCUCCUCUCCUCCUCUUGAACUGUGUAGACAGCCAUGGCUUCUCAAUCCGACAACUACCAAAACGGACUGGCUGUAAAGCGGCAAGCCACCAUCUACGAACGCAUUCUCGACGGACGAAUUCAACUGCAAAAAUCAAUUACCUCGCUUAAUAAAGCACUCGAUAUUGUCCAGCAAAAUGAGUCCUACGCCGAGGAUACUGAAGUUCAGAGCCUGAUUUCUGAGGCUCAAGACAAAAUUUUUGAACUUCUGGAGGACCUGAUUCAACUGCGACGGCGCCUACUUGAGUCGAACGAGAUCGACAUCCCCGCCCUCCCCACUCUCAGAAAGCGAAAACGCGUAUCCGGACACUACAAAACCUCCGUCGCGCUCUCCGACGCCUCCUCCCCCUACCGCACCGCCGUUCUCGAGAAAUGGUCGCGGAAAGUGCAGUCUGCGAACGGCGUCGGCGCGCUCGCCAGUUCAAAGAAAUUCUCGGUCCUCAACCAGAGCAUAUCCUUCCAAAUCGCGGAUCUGCUUCGCGACAUGGAUAGACUGGUGGCGCGGACAAGGGUUGAUCGGAACGCGAGCGCGGGUGGUGCGAAAGCUGCAAACGAGAGUAAACGAGUCGAGCGUGUUUCGGACGACAGCCUGCGUUCGGAAUCGUUCAUUUACGACGAUACCGAUUUCUACCAAAUGCUGCUCAAAGAUCUAGUCGAGAAAAACAUGGCGGAUUCAGACGUAACCUCGUCCGCUCUCGCGAGCGGCGUUAAAUGGACAGUUUCAAAGCAAAAAGUCAAGAAACCAGAUCUCGACACGAAAGCGUCAAAGGGCCGGAAGCUGCGGUACCAUGUCCAGGAGAAGAUCCAGAAUUUCAUGGCGCCUGAGCCUCAAGCGACGUGGAACGAAGAGCAGAUUGAUGAUUUGUUCAGCGGACUGUUUGGACAAAAGAUUAUGGAUGUUGUGAAUGAGUAACUGAAAUCAUGCCGCUUCUUUUUUUCCUUUACUUGUCAUUCUGGGUUGUUUUCUUGUAUUUUUCUGGUUAGAGGGUGAUUUACUGUAAUAUAUCUCUUCCAUCUAUAAACCAACUUGCUCGUCGUAGCUCGAUGAAAAAACAGAUCCUCA